AUGUAUGCUCAUGUUGUGUCGUGGACUUUAUUUCUGCAUGUAUUCUUCUUUUUUCUUUCUCUCUCUCGCACCCUUUUUUUUUUUUUUUUUUUUUUUGUUUGUUUGUUUUUUCCUUUCCUUUGCGUGUAUUUAGAAGAAGAGAUGCUGCGCCGUCUUGUUAGUAGUCAUGGCUGUAGCAAUGGUGGUGGUACUAACGGCGGCCGAUGUGUCCGCCCCGUCAAGGAGGAGCCGCCUGUUUUUUCCUCCCUUGUGUUACAGAGGCGUUUCUCUUUCAAGUACGCCACGAAGUUGCAACAUGAUGAAAUGCGGCAGCCGUUUUAUAUCCAUGAAAAGAGGCAUGGCAUUUUUAGUAACGAAAAAAAUAUCAGGAAGUCAAGACGUGGUUUACCUUUUAUCACCCCACUUUACACACGCCAUAUGAACCUGUGGGAAACCGACACGGACGCAUCGAAAAAUCGUUUCUUUCGCGGAUACGUCUUUGGUCAGCGGGAACUGCAUCAACUUCUCGGUCGUCCACACGGGUUUGAGGCGAACAACACGGACGGCAGCAAUGAUAUCUCUGCCUAUGAAAUGACCACCGACCAGCGAUAUAAAGGCAUACCGCGUCCGGCGAUAACAAACCUGCACUAUGAGCCGGAGUGGAACUACACACUCUAUCGUGCCGGGACACACGGGUCGCAGCUCUCGAAUCCCCGAAGCCCGCUGACGGCAGAGGUUCUCGGCGAUGAGUUGAUGAAAAUACGCGACAUUAAAAGCUUUGAUCACUGUAAGGCGUGGUUUGAUCGCCUACAGUACCUCAUUAAGCUUCACUACGACGCGGUAGGGGACAUUGGAGAAUUUAAGUCCCGCCAUACGCAACAUGUUCACGAGUUUUUUGUGGCCUUUCAUGAUGCCUUAAGCAGCUUUGACUUUGGCGAUUCGUACUUGUUUGAGCAGUUUCAUGCCGCGCGUCCGAGCGAGUUGACAGACCUCUUUGGCAUCUUUCUUGAGAUGGAGGCAAACUAUGUGCACGAGGACUACUGCCCACGCUGUAGUCUACCGUACAGCACAACACGUUACUGUGGUGAGGGCGACGCGAACACGCCAUUCCGGAAACACCGUGGACGGUGGGCACCGCAUCAACGAUGGGGACGUGAAUGGUACGCCGUUGUGGCACGCCGUGCGGAGGCACUGUGGUACCGCGCAACAGAAGACCCAUACUUUGGCACACCCCAACACACUCAACGUCAAGCAGAGGCCUUGUUGCGUGUCUACGUACAGACGAAGCAACGAGGGAAAGCAAUUGACUUUAUGAACGCGUUACGAGGGAGCAAAGAGUUCUUGCUGGGAUCCAUAUGCAUCACACCCGAAAUGCAGGAGUCGUAUGACCGUCUGCUUGAUACGACGCCCCAUCCACAUCUCCUUACAAAUGGCUUCACGUUGGAAAGUAACGCGGCGAAGUACACAGGGGAAGUGCAGAAGGUGCCUUUUUCACCAUUGCAGUUUCGUAUUGACAUGGAGAUGAACAAGUACAGACGACAACAAAAGGAGGAAGGGGCGGUGCGUGUGCCGCCCGCCAUGUGGCGAAUUGACACCUCCGCAAUCGUUCCGUACAAGGUGGAUCCAAAGACAAAGCGCGUCAUCAAUUGGCGCGAGGUGAAGGAAGGCAUUGAAAAGUCUUUUUUAUCGACAGGACUUCCAAAGGAAGCGUACACAGGUAGCGAGUGGCGGGAGAUGCUGCAUCUGAAGUCCAUCAUUGCAGGCCGCGCAGCCAAGGCGGCAGAACUAGAACGAAGGCUCCAUACAGACAAGGUCAAACUGCUGGAAGUUUCAUCUAAAAGUAAAAUCGCCUCGGAGACUAAUACUAGUACUGGUAGUAGCAAUAGUAGUAGUAUUAUAUUUCCAGAUAAGGACGGUUAUCAUGUCUUUGACACGAGUGUGGCGUCACUGCGACCUUUUGGGGUCAGUCAGUCAGGUGCUGUGUUUCAGUCUGUCACGCAUACAUAUCCCUCGCCUCAUGCUGUGCUGUACAAUGACCCAGUGCAUGGUAAACAAUUUAUUCUUGAUACAACAAAUGAGUCGUGUCACCUCUUUGGUGGGUUUGAACAUGGUGAUCGUCUUCUGAUUCGUGCAAGGAAGAUUGAUAAGAAUGAUAACAAUCCGAACAGCGUACUGGCGGUAAAAGGAAAUGAGUUUGAGGUUAUUGUGGUGGGAGUAAAUAAAGAGGGCAGUGACUCGGAGUGGCAACUUUGUGCGAUGCAUGUUGAUCCCGCACUACAACGGGAAUAUGGACUUGUUUUUCUUGGCACGGAUUGUGUCGACAUCCAUGAGCGGUGGGCGUCUGUGCGUUACGCCGCCGCCGCGCCACAUGUGAAGGGACGUGUGACACUGUUGGAGGAACGGCGUACCGCACGUGAAGAGUCUCUUGGACAAAUUGUCGGUGUUCGUGACGGUGUCUUAUUUGUACAGUGGCGCUUACUUCGAGGUGGUGGUAGUGAAAUGGACCGCAGCGUCGCCGAGCCCAUUGGGACGGUAGAGCAGGUACGGAAUGCGUACCAAAUCACCGAGCAGGGCGUGGAGGAGUUAAUGCAUCCUCCCUCGUGGCGUACACCGUUUCGUAACGACUUUGCGGAAGAAAGACUGGAGGAACUCAGGCAGGCGCCUUUUAAACGGGAGAAUUGGGUGUCCCUCAUCCAGGGACGCUACACACCGAAGCUUAAACGAUUUGGAUACACGCAGCACACCACGAUGGAUGACUUUGAGACGAAGGAGUACAAAGAUCGCCUGCUCUCAAAGCAGUUUUUUCAUAACCCACAGGCCUUUGAAGUCAUCCCAGACCGUCGCGAUCGUGCCGUGACGUUCGGUGGAAAAUGGGAGUAUCAACGCACACAUGGCCUCCCCACGGUAGAUCGUAAUGAGUUAGAGAAUGGUUGGAGCGAGGUGGAAGCGGUGACGGAUGCGGAAAUGCAUGUGAUUGAGCAGGCACUGCGAGAUAUCAGCGGACGAAGGCCAGGGAACUUUAUUAAGUCGCCCACGAAGAAAAACACGUUGCAAUUAAACGAGAGUUGGUGGGAGCCUCUGGAGUUUGGGUGGGAGCAGCACAACAAGGAGCAGAAGGCGUUGGUUGACCCGACAGAGCAGCGUCUUAUCGAUAGUGCGAGCCUCCCAUUUGGAGGGAAAAUCCCACCUUUUGGGACGACAAUUGGUAUUGGGGAACGCAUACGUGAAAUCGCGGAGGAUUACGCGAAGGGGUUUGGAUUGGGGCCACAUGGACACUCCCCCUCACAUGACACCUGUCAAUACAACACACUCAAUGCUGAGGAAGAUCGGGUGCGAGAAUUGGGCUACAAGGAUGCACUUGUCCGUCUGUUUGACGAGAAGAUGGCGGACAAAGAUGUGCAUCAAUGGGCCGUGGAACAGUGUGCCGAUGGGGAGGCAGAUGUGCGACAGCUGCUGCUCUCGCUGCAUGAGUGGCGUGAACGAGGACGGCCGCCCUCCCUAAUGUUGUUGCAGGUGCUUUCGAAAUAUCUUGAGCAGGAGAUUGCGGCGUUCAACGAGGGAGUUCCGUCCUCCGUGCCCAAACUAUCGCUGCAGACCGUAGAUGGCACAUUGUCACCAUCUGGCAACAGCGGAGAGCGCAGUGGGACUAUUUGGGCGGAUGUGGAGCCCACAGCGUAUGCGUUGCAGUACGCGAGCCAAGCCAACCACAGCAGCCUUGAUGAGCCGUUUAUUCUCCAAUUGCUGAAAAGUGCCCAACUGGGGGGUCGCAACGCACAGUUCACCGAUCCUUUCUACAAUGCAUACUUGGAGAAUUCUGUUGUGAGCGAAUUUCAGCUGGGCCUUGCGGCGCUGGCCGGCAAAGGUGUCUCACCGAGCCUUCUUGCACAGAAGAUCAGUCAACUCCACCGUGGCUCAGUGCGGUUGAGCGGAAACGUCAUUCCCUUUGUCAAGAGCCGAGAGCUGGCGCACCUGCUAGAGCGCAUGGGACUCUCGUCAGAGAACAUCGCCGUUGUCACUCGUGGCCUUGCCAACUGCCCGGAACAGGAAUCUGUUGGGGAUGACUUUGCUGUACCUGUUUCGGUUAUUUUAUCGUGGGGCGGCCCAGGCUCAGGCUCUUCCACGAACGCAGCUGACCGCAAGGGCAAUGCGACACAGUCGCGUAAUGAGCUGCAGCGAAAAGGUUCUGCCGCACUCUCGAGUGCUAUUCGACAACUUGGACAAAAGCGUUCGAGUUCCAAAAACUGGCAAAAUGAAGACAAAAUGAUGGUGCAUGUCAUUGAAGAACUUGCGCUGCGUGAUGAUGGUCUUGUGAUGGACAUUCAAUAUAUCGUGCGGGAAAAUAGGCGUAAUCCUGUUUUGCGGCAUGAGUUUUUUGCAGCACUUCUUCCUGUCUUUGCUGGCAAACAUGAAAAGGUGGCUCAGCUUUAUGACGAAUAUUGUGAGGGGAAAUAUGUGCCAAAUAUCACAUUGGCAAUAGAGGCGUUCAUAGCAUUUCUUUGUAACGUCACCAAACAUGCAGAUGUGUACCCUGGAUCCUCCUACUUUGAUGUUGACACAACGAAUGGACCAAACGCAGGGCAGUACAUUUCGCUUAAACUUCUUGACCCGCUUGACGGUCCAUUUAUCUUUGAUAACAUCAAGGCAGAGCACAUUGAAACGGUGGAGCGAUUUAAGCAGCAUGGUAUUCAGGUGGGGCCAGUGCGGGCCCCGGCCACUGGUUUUAUUGCCGCGAACUCCAAGUCGUUGAGUUACUUUACCCGUCGUCCUGAAGAAGUUGUCUACGUGUCGACGGACGCGGAUCAGGGUCUUCGCCGCUCUUUGGAGAGAUCCGCGCACUAUAAAACCAUUGCCGCCAGUCCAGCCAUGCAAUUUUUGCUUCACACGCAGAACGGUGCUGGUCUUGUGGCAACGUUUAACCGUUUCUUUUAUCGCACAAUGCCGAUGCUUAGUUUUUACCAGAGAAUACUGAAGCACUACUCAGACAACGUGCAGCCACUCCGGCAGAAGGCGCAGAAUAGUGUGCGUGGGUUGGCACGUGUGUUGGAGAACGAACGCUCCGCUGCCAUGGAAGAGUUCAGACGCAACAGUGAGCGGUACUGGCGGAAUGUCCUCGAGGGCCGCAGCGUCGAGCAGGCGAUGGGCGGAAGUGGCGGUAGUGGUGGUGGUGGUGGUGGCACGACACCCCCUGUUUCAUCCUCACCCUCGCAAUCGUCACAGGAGGCGAUGGCCGCUGAUGUCGCCAGGGCCAUCGGCAGUGGCAGAACGGGCGACCAGAAGGGAGGCGCUGCCAGACAGCAGCAACAGCAGCAGCAGCGAACAGCAGGGGAUGAUGGUGGUGUCCGCACGACGUUUGCCUCGCGAAAAGGCGGUUCACGCAGCAUGACGGAUCUGUUGUCUAAGCUGAACAAACCAAAAGGGUCAAAUACUUCGGGCACCGCGAAGGGCCCGACGAAGCGAGGCAACCCAAAGUCUCACACGGACGGGGGCCGUGGGGCAAAACCAUAA